UCCACGAUGGCAGGUGUGAAUGUAAACAACGUGGAAGAUACAAAAACUGAAACCGAGAAUAAUAUUCUCUACGAGCUGCUCACUUACGCGGAGUGGCAGCAAGAGCCGGAGAUCUUGAACAGAGCAGCUGUUGAGAAGUGUGAAGAUGGAGGCAUAUGGGGUUGGCUCGGAUCCCUCGCAACUUCCAUGUCCGGCAUUCCGCCGUCAGUCCAGCGGCUGCGGUCCUUUCACAUGGACUGGCACUUUGCAGUGGGCGGGGAAGGAAAAGUCCUGGCCAUUCUUCAAGAUCAGAGCAUUGAGAUCAGGUCGUCCCGGGACGAGUAUGUCACCGUGAUUGGACGUGGCAGUGUUCCCAAAGACCCGGUUCCCCAGUGGAGGAGAGUGGUCUGGUCUCCCGACUGCAGCUUCCUCGCAGUGGCACUGAGCACCGGCCGUAUUGAGUUCUUCGACACCGUCGGCAGUUCGCUCUUCCAUGUCCCCGAGCCGGUCGCACAGAUGGAUGGAGUGCUUCAAGACCUGAGCUACGCCAUUGCAGGGAUGGUGUUCACUGAAGCUCGGGUACACAAGACGCAGUGGUCAUACGAGCUCAUAGCAGUCAACUAUAGGGGCCAGCUCAAGAGCUACCUGCUAAGCCCUUCGGACGGUUACCGCGACAACCACAGCUUCCACCUGGGAUCCUUCUACCCGAAAGGGGUCACCUGCCUCGAGUAUCACCCUUCGCACCAGGUGCUCUUAAUGGCCGGACGUGUGCCAACGCUGCAGAGCGACGCCGGCAGCCACAAUUCCGCGCUAGAGCUCGGAAUCACCGCCUGGCGGUUCCUUUCGGAUUAUCCGCACUACAAGCUGGUCACUAGCCUUGCCGAAGAUGCUCAGCGCAUGUAUCCGAGGAGGCUCCUACAGAAGAUGAGCCUGUACUACAAGCAGUGUGAGGAGACUGCCUACCAGCUCAGCAUCUCGCCUUCGGGCACCAUCAUGGCCGCCGCUCACACGUCCGGUGCAAUCUCCUUCUGGUCCCUCCCUUCCCUUCUGCACUUCCGUACCUGGCAACUAGAAGAACUGCCCAAGUUCAACGACCUGAACCCACAAGUCUUAGAGCCUGGGAGACGGAAACACGUCGCCUUGCGCGCAGAGGCGACGCAGUUCUCCAUCUGCGACAUGAACUGGUGGUCGGACGAGGCCCUGAUCGUGGCCCACCACUCUGGUGCCGUGAAGGUUGUGUCGCUGUCGUCCAAACGCAACCUUCUUGGAGAAAGCCCCGAGUGGUUUGAGUUCUCCCCUCAGGUCUCCGGUGUCUUCGACCGCGGAUUCCUGACCCUGGAGUGUGAGUGGCAGUUUGCGGGCAAGAAGGCGGCGGUGUUGGGUCCAAUUGACGACGCAGAGAGCAGCGAUGAAGAGGCAGCACCCGCGGGCCUUGCGGCGAGGGCCGGCAGCAUCGUGAAGCACGCCAUGUAUUACGUCACUGACAGCCAGCGCUUUGCACCACCUCGCAAGAAGCCCAAAAUCAUCACCAAGUUCUACAGGCUUCUGUGUGUAAAGUCCACCACACCUGAAGAACUUUUUGCAGCUAAGAUUGAUGCGGAAGAGUACGGCGAGGCCCUGGCUUUGGCUCGGACUUACGGAUUGGAUUCGGACCUGGUGUACCAACGUCAGUGGCGCAAAUCUACCGCUUCAGUUGCUGCGAUCCAAGACUACCUCAGCAAGAUCACCAAGCGUACCUGGGUUCUACAUGAGUGUCUGGAACGCGUCCCUGAUAGCCUCAAGGCUGCGCGCGAGCUCCUGGAGUUUGGACUUCGGGGCACGGACGUCGAGGCCGUAGCCACGGCAGGGGAAAGUGGUGACGAGGGAAGGUUCAUCGCCAACUCGCCACCUUUCUACGAGGACAUCUAUGGGCAGGAGCACCUUACGGAGGUGCAGCACGCGCAGAAACGCAAAGACGCUGAACAGGAGUGGCGGCAGAAGUGGCUGGCCAAGAUUGACUUUGCCAACCUGACCUUGGAUCAGCGCUGGCUGUGCGAAUGUCGGCUCAAACUCCUUUCCUACCUGGACAGGCUCACCAUGUAUGAGAUUCAAGAGGAAUUGACCACCUCGCCCGAGAAGUUUGAGGCGUCCUUCUUCGAGCGAUUCCGCUCGCAGCCACCGCUCGAGGCGGCCGUGUGGUUUGCUCAGGAGGGCGACGGGAAGGCGGUGUGGACGCUGCUCACGUACGCGGGGGACGGUGUCCUCCCCCACUGGCUCACCGUGCUGAGCAACUUCCCCGAAACCCUGGCACCUCUCCAGUAUGCCGACUGCCUUCCCGAAAUCGGGUGCCUCGAUGGGAAGCCCACUGUGCUUUCGUGGCAGCAACGGAACCUUCGGGAGAAGGACUGGUGUGAGGAAAAUAUCCCAGAGGCACCGAUGGUCGCAGUCUGGGACACAUUCAACAGAGACUUCUACGACGAUAACCCAUCUCUAAAGAAAUGGUGGACAGAGGCCCUAACCCCCAACCUGCUGACGCUGUGGUACUCCGAACGAGCUCACCAGAUCGAGGAGUUGAGCUCACUCGUCGAGAAUGCUCUAGAAAUCACCAAGCUGGGCUGCCUUAAAAAUGUCGAGGGCCUCGAAAAGCUGUACGGGGACCUGCUGACACUGGCGACACUGGUCUAUGACUGCCACCUUACCAAAGCAGUGCCGCUGGCCAAGUUGGAAGAGAUGUCGGACGGUGAGAAGAUGAGGCUGCUGAUGAGCAUGAGCACAAAAGAGAAGUUUGUGCUGUGUGUUCGUGACUGGCUGCUGCCGUUUGUGGAUCGCUGCGAGAAAGCCGCUCCGGGGAGCAGACGCAAACUCCUGUCGGAGUUUUUCACGGAGGUGGCCAGGGACGAUCUGGGACCGUGCGUGGACAUCUUCGAGCACUCCAGCCCUGACGACCCAGUGUGCAUCUUGAAUGGCCCAUUGGAACUUGCCGAGUUGGCUUUGGCUUGCAUCUGCAGCUGUCAGAGGGACGAUCAACUCGGCCACGUCGUAAGGAUUCUCAAGUGUGUGCCACAGCGGGGAGUCAGUGGAUGCGAGAGUGACGAGCUGAAGAGUCUUCACGAUCGAUUGGACAUUCAAGAGAAGCACGUAGAAGUGGCAGAGUGCAUGCAGCGGUAUGGGGCCAGAGUCUCGGUCAAGGCGCUCACAGACUGCGGGGAGGACAGGGAGCAGCUCGAACAACUUCUAAACAAGAUGGCGUUGUCUGCAGUGAAGAGAUCUCCCGCACUGAGUGAAACGGAGUGGUGCAGUUUUCUCAAUGACAUCUUGCAGUUCCAGCAGAGCACCUUCAAAAAUGUUGGGCCCACUAGCUGCAUUAAGAUUGUGGCGCGAGCUCUGCUUUGCUCCGGCAACAAGGAUUUCCUGGCCCCGGCAUCCAGGCUCUUGACCUGUGCCCGCGACGGCAGCAAGCAGACGUCUCCCAAGACCACAUUCUCGGCGAAGCUCCCGUACGAGGCCUCGGUCGAGCUCGUUCUGUCGGCCGCCAGGGAAUAUGUGGACUCAGCCUCCUCCCACGCAGAUCCCAGCAUCACGCUGGCUCGCGCUUGCCUCCGUAUCCUGGAGGGCAAGAUUCCCGAGGUCCAAGCAGAGCUGGACUUCUUGUCGGCGCUUCCUCUCCUAAGCCAUUUCCGUGUGGCCACUUUGCCAGUGCAAGUGCGUCGCUGCGACAAGAUGGAACUGAUACGGGAGGCACUGCGACAGACUCCAAAUGCCUACAAACAGUCCUCUAAGUUGCUCAGACUGUCCGAGUUCCUUCGCCUGUACGGAGACGACGCAAAACGACGGGAAGGUGCGGUCUUGUCUCUCCUCGCCGACGCUGCCUUUCAGGAUAAGGACUACACGCACUGCUACGAGAUCUGCGGCAAGCUGAUGGCCGGCACCCACUCGGAGGGCUGGAAGAUUUGCCAGAGCCUCGGACAGUGCUCCGAUUUUGCUGAUCUCUCUGCCAGGCAAAAGCUCUUGGCCUUCUCCCUGUGCUAUUGUCCCGAGCCCACGGUGGAGGGCCUCCUCAAGGCAACCCAACUCUUGGAGCUUCAGGAGAUCUACCAGCGCUUAGACCUGCCUGCGGAAGACUGGUUCAACAAUGGAAGGAACACCUCUCCAGAAGCAGAUGGCAAAGCUCUCUCGCCUCACGAGUCCGGGGAUUCGGUUCAGUCUGACCGUGGGCGGGACCACCCCUGGGACUUUGUCGGGUACACGGCGGGAACGACCCGUUCGGUGCUGACAACCCUGGGCAGCGCUGAAUUCUGGAAGGGCACAGUUCGCAACCUGACUAAUAUCAAGCCCCAGAAAACGAGCGAGGAAAAGGUUUCGAUCGCACGUUCCAACCACGAGCUGAAGCGCCUGGCUGUUCCGGCGUUCUACGAGUCCCUUUACAGGGACGCUUACUUGGGGAAGUAUGAGCCGUCGUAUGAUCAGUAUGACCUCCCCAAGUGGACGACCGUGCUGACCGAUCUCCUCAACAUCCUGAGGGCCUCCACAAUCUCGGACUCUGUCAACGAGACCUCCCCAUCCGCCGAAAACUCUCAGGAAACCCGAGCAUCCGUGCUUCUGGGGCUGUCCCGGGGGUUGUUUUUCGAGGACUCGCUGUUGGCACUGUGCUGCCUCUUUGCGGUAGAGCAGGUGGACCAAGUUGAGGAAGUGUUCCUGAACCUCCCCAGCACCCCCGUGGUUCUUGGUUUAGCUUCCUACUUCUUUUCGUUGACUGCCCUGAUGGCGUCGCAGGCGGCGGACGUCUGCAAGUUGCUGCGCAGGGAUAUUGCGGACGUCAUUGAAGAAGCGUCGCGCUUGGACACCAAGACUGUCCCGGAGAAAACGGUCCGCUGCGCCGAACUGGCCGCCAAGUUCCGCCGCCUCCAGGCAGACCUGGGCCAAGCGGAGCUGCUGCGAAAGCAAGGAGGCAGCGUGGACGUUGCACGGUUCGCGGAGGACGACCGUUACAAGGCCGAAACCAUCCUGGGAAUGGCUCUCACGUCUGAUCAGGAAGCGCUGCGGGUUGCUGUCUCCCUUGCCCGGUCCUACGACCUCCCCCUGUGGGAUGUCUACUCGUGCCACCUCGAGUUCCUCUUUUCGGAAGGCUGCGGUGUUGCGGACAUCGAAGAGCGCCUGUGUGCCGACGGAAUGUUGGAUGUCCUGUUGGAGAAUCCCGAUGGCUUCCGCGACCUGCUGAUGGGCCGAAUCUUUCCGUUGCUCGACGGAUCGGACCACAGCGUCAUGGUGUUUUUCUACACCCUGCUCGAAAAGUGCGCUCCAGAGUCGCCAGACGAAGGAGACCUGAGUCCCGUCGAACAUCUCAAGCUCCUAGGCAAACUGCGAAAGUCGUGUCCUGGAAUCGACUACAAAGCUCUUGUGUCGUGCAAAUGCUCUCCGCUUGAGGCUUUGGGGCCCUUCUUGAAAAAGGACAAUGUGGACAUCCUCGCUGACUUGGCUCCCAGCAUUCCAAGCAAGGAGGAAGGUCGCCUCAGCUCGUCUACAAUCUACUGUUUAUGGGCCUCCAAGCUCUUCCUGUCAAGAGCUCAGGAACGAGCAAUGACAACGGCGGAGUGGGCUAAGCACUUUGAGACGUGUAAGACAUUCCUCGGCCGCCUCUCACCGUCCUACCUCGUCAAGUUCGUCGAGUCCACCGCUUUCCACGAGUCUGCGAUCGAAUGCGUAAGCCGACGGAUCCGACUGGACGUCGUGAGGCAGUGUCUCAAGAUGGCCAAACAAAGUCAGAGCAGCGAUCCGGACGAAAAGCAGCAGUGGAGCGAUGCAGCACAGACGCUCCAGAGGUACCUGACCCACCUCCAGAGGGUGGACGACGGAGUCUUCGGAGAGGCGGCCAUGGAUCUCGAAGAUCCCGUGGUGCAGCAGUACGCCACCGAGUUUGAGCUGUCCAGGGGAAUGCCCGACAAGCUGGAAGCCAUGCUGUUACGCUGUGCAAUGUCCGAACACCAGCCCGGACUUUUGCCAUCACUGCUGUCCUGCUGCCCGCCCAACACUGUGGACAAGCAGCCGACGGACAUCUAUUCCGACGCCAUCUUGCUCGCCUCUGAGCAGCUCAGAGAACCAACAAAAAAGUUGCACCCUGUUUUUGAGACAGUGACACCGGAGGAUGUCUUGGAGCGAAUACUUCAUCAAGUUCUCGAUGAAGGCGAAGAAGUCUUUGUCGCGGACAUGGCACUGGACCUGCUUCGGCCUUUCUGCCUCGACACCAAUGUCGCAAUUCAAGUGCGGUUGAGGGUUCUGGAGAUUCUUGAAAAGAGCGUGGCCCUGAGUGCCGAAGACGAGAACCUACUUCGUCUGCUGCGUGUGCAGACGCUUGUCUGGUCGGAGUGGCCCGACUACGAGGUGCAUGAAAGCCUGGAGCUGGAUGACGUUACGAUGCAGACAAUGUUUGACGAACUUGUCGAACGCUGCACCAAGGAAUCCAGCUGUAUUGUACUCGGAAAACUGUUGCAAUGCGGAACACCUCUAGAGUCUACUAGGCAAACGGAUCCAGCGAAGAAUCCCUGGUGUCGCCUCCUUUCCAAACUUUUCGAGGUUGGCGGAAACCCGCGCGACACACUGGAUGCCGCGGGCAGCCUGUUCUCGUCUGCUAUUGCCAACUGCAAUCUUAGCGUCAAGUGUUGCCGCCAUGUCCUCGAAGGUUUCAAAAGAAAAGGAAGUGUCCUUCACUUGCUGAGAGCUGCGUUCAGCACAAUCCACCAAGAGGUUCACAAAGAUGCCAUUUCAUUCCUGCGAGGCUUGAGUGAGGUUUCGGAAUCGGAUUACGACGAAAGUCUCUUGGAACGAAUUCUGGUGCUGCACCUUUUGCCAGAAAUGACGUCGACUCCCCUCUACGAGCCACUCGUCGCGCACCUCAUGGCCAAUCGUGACUCGGCUGUGGAACACUUCGACGUAGACCUCGCCGUCCAAAGUUUGCUAGAUGCCGACAAGACGGCUGAAGCGGGCACUCUCCUCCUUCAGUGCCGCCGCGUGCAUCCGGCGCUGAGCACGUUCUCGGCAGCGCUGAAGGCUGCUCGACAGUGGGUCGGGAGGACCGACAGUUAGUGCAGUUUAACCGCAUUGAGCGGCAGACUGGUCAGGUGUAAUUGCUGCACUAUUUUGAAGAAGGGGCCAUGCAGGCGUGUAGAUAAUAUACAUAAUAGGUGAUGACACCCGUUUAGUUAUUGCACUCCUAAUUGGUUUGAGAGGGACUUAGCAUCGUGUCUAUGGGAUGGUUGAGCCAAUGAACUUUGUGUUUCACAUUAAUUGUAUGUAUUUCUCUUGCCUCCAAUGUUGUUGCUAUUAAUGUCUUAUUAAUUACAUGUUUAGUUUUGCCACGAGUUUUUGGACCGGGUCCUGAAUCCCGGAGAAAAGCUCACCGGAGAUAAGCUCACCGGAGAUAAGCUCACUGGAGAUAAGCUCACCUACUUUGUGCAGGUCUGAAGAAAAACUCACCAGUCUUUAGACAGACAGGAAGAAAAGGUCACCUGGAAUUAAAUUUUUAUGCAAGCUGGUUUUUAUCUAUUCAAUCUUUAUUUCGUGAAGUGAACAAUUUGUUCCCGUAUUCGACUGGGUUGAACAUCUUGGGAGCAGUAGUGGAACUAAAUCUACAGGUGUGUCCCAUGCAGGCGGUAAACAUUUCAAAGCAGGGCGCUUUUCUGCAGCCCUUGUUCCACUUUAAUGUCGACUGUUUUCACAUGAGUGUUGCCAUAUAUAAUUGUGACUUAGCCGGUAUAGAGGAAAUAUCAGUUCGUUCCCUCUUAAAUGUCCAAAUGAUGUGAAGUUUUGGAAAUGUAGAAUCUGGGUACUACGCACAUGAAAGAUAAUUUCGUAUAUAACAAUUUAGGAAGAAACUAGCCUACUACAUUGGUUAUAUUUUCCAGUCUAUCCUUCAAUUACUGGUUUAUAGAAUUUUUUUUUCGUGUCAAGCAAUUCAUUCUGUACAAGUUAGUGAAAUGCACAAUGACUAUGCCUGGUUGAAGAGCGUGUUGGUUAAAGUCAUGGAUGAAGAAAGAAUAAACAAUUAAAACAGGGACAACACAACCACAUCUUUCAACUAGCAACAGACGAGACCUGUCUGUUGCUAGUUGAAAGAUGUGGUUGUGUUGUCCCUGUUUUAAUUGUUUAUUCUUUCUUCAUCCAUGGCACAAUGACUGCAUGCACGUACAGCAUCCGAACGUUCUUCAGUUGAGUGACAUAUUUCAUUUGAGCAAAUGCUCAGUUCAGGUUCACAGGUGAGCUUUUCUAUGCAUUUGUCAAAAGGCCGGUGAGCUUUUCUCCGGAUUGGACGGUUUUGCAGUGAGCUUAUCUCUGGUGAGCUUAUCUCUGCCACCCAGGACUACGAAAGUGCCAAAAUUUGCUAUCCUCCCCCUUGAAAUGGGUCAUAUCAUCCGAAAUAGAAAGUCGGAUUGCACUUGGCAUUUAUUAUUAAUGCAAACAAACUAUACAUGCCUUGCACUGGACGUCAUACGGCACUGUACCAGCCGCCAUUGCUUUGUACUAUGCUCCUUUGUUCGUACAUUCUGCAGCAUACAUUUCGUACCACCGAAUUUGUUCUUCUCACUAAUCCUUGCCGAGAAGUACAAAUUCGAUGGUGCCAAAUGUAUGCUGCAGAAAGUAUGGGCACAGGAGCAUAAAACAGAGCAACGGUGGCUGGUGUGACGUCAAUGCAAGCUAUGUAUACAGAAACGAUUAAUAUUUCAAAAGUCUGGAAUCGCAGAUUUGCAAAGAUUUCUUACUAAACCUCCCUUAAAACAUGUGCAAGCCUUUGUGCCAUGUUCGACAGCCACAAACCUCGAAACACAUGAAAACAGCUGUUUAAGAAAACUUGUCUCACUAAAAACUCCGUAACAAAACAAA